AACAUAAUUGAUAAGAAAGGGUGAUAAAAGGUCAUAGUGUAUAAUAUAUUAUAAAACAAUGAUAAUAAUUGUAACUUUGCAUUGUUCAAAUCAAUUUUAAAGAUGACUUCAAUGCUAGGUCUUCACAUAGUUUUAGGUCUAACUCAUAAUCUGUACGUAUAUAAAGUUGCACCGUUCAAUGAACAGGCAUGUCCUUUGAAACAGUUGUUGGAAAGGAAAAAAGUUUUUUUCUCGUGUCUUAAUACACAACAUGGGGCACUUGAGUUUGUGUCAAACAUAGGAAAUAUAAUAUCACCUUCUGAAAUUGUGCAGAAAAGAUGUACCUGGGAGGCACAUAUAAAUGAUUGUGCUAAUAAAUACUUUGAUAUAGCAAAAGAAUGCUUUCAUCUUAUUGAGAGUGAUCUGAAAGGGCUGGAAACUUGGAAAACAAUUGAUGAGGAAGUUCUGGCGUAUAUUUGUAAAAAUAAUGCUGAAACGACACUUGACUUUCUCAAACCAAGUAAACAAUCAUGUUGGGAUAGAGGUAUUACUAGAUCCGUAAGAGAUUGUACAUCAGAUUUAAAUAUCACUGCUCCUUUUUAUAAUUUAGCUAAAGUUAAAUCUAACUGCAAACAAAUUGAAGAAGCAGAAGCAUGUAUUAACAUAAGUCUUCUUAAAGACUGCCCAAAGAAUGACGCAGAUGCUGUUGCACCCUUACUGAAGAUAGUAAAAUCAAAUCUUUGCAAUUAGCUACCGUGCUAUCAAUCAAUAUAUUUAUUUAUCAUUCUUAUUUAUGGUGAAUAAUUUAAAUGUGAUCUAAGUAACAGAAAAUAAAGUUUCUCGUGUUAGCA